GGCGGCUUCCCGACCCCCGAAGACGAAGGCUACGAAAACGACUGGCUGAACACGUUCCUGGAUGACCCUGUGCUCAACGACAAGAUGAUGACCGACGCCAUGAACCCGCCCUGCAUCAAGGCCGAACACAGCUACAGCAUCAACGACAACGAACUGGGCUCACCCAUGGACGGACUCAACAGUACGGAAGAAAUGGACGCGGAUAUUUUCUCCAACAGCACAGCCCUGGACCUGACGAUGAAAACCAACGUAAAGUGUGAGCAGACGACCAACCCUGACACGUUCCUGACGGCACCCACAGCCACCACAUUCAGCAUCCCCUCCCAGCGGCAACCCACCAUCAUCGUCACCACCACAUCAGCCCCCGCCUACUUCACCACAGAGACCAUCACCUGCUCCAACAUUGAGAUCAAGGAGGAGGAGACUGAGGGCCUAGACCCAGCCAGCGAACAAACAGUCAAGCUGGAGUCCAUCAUGCUGCCACCUACACCACCUGGCAGUUCUGGCAGUGACAGUGACGGCAGCCAAAGCCCCCAGCGGUCUGCCCCAUCAAGCCCCAUCAGACAAACCUACAGACACAGCUCACCCCUUUCAGGAAAACCUUACGCUCAACCACUUUUUGUCAACCCAAUUUCGCAGUCGGGAGUUUUGAUCCUGUCUGAGGAAGAGAAGAGGACGUUGAUAUCCGAGGGCUACCCCAUCCCCACCAAACUCCCACUCACCAAGCAGGAGGAAAAGAAUCUGAAGAAAAUCCGCAGGAAAAUUAAAAACAAGAUAUCUGCUCAAGAAAGUCGCAGGAAGAAGAAAGAGUACCUCGAGGCUUUGGAAAAAAGGGUUGAAGCUUACAAUCACGAGAACAACGAUUUAAAGAAAAAAGUUGAAAAUCUGGAAAACAAUAAUAGGUCAUUGCUGGGUCAACUCCAAAAGCUACAGUCACUGGUCAGCAAAAUGCCCAAAGCAGCAGCAGCUUCAGCAACACAAACAGGGACAGCAUUGAUGGUUCUAGUGUUUUGCUUUGCGGUGUUUCUGGGCAGCAUGUCACCAUCCAACCUAAACAUUGGCUACUCCACCAAACCCCCCAUGCUUGGAUUUGUUCAACAACCAGUCUUGCCACAGAAGGAGAUGGGACCUCGGAUGAUGACGGAGAAUGACAUGCCUAAUCCGUACACGACCCCCAAUUUAAAAUCUCGUAUGCUGAUGUCUGUGGAGCAAGAGGACUACUGUGAUGACUACCGGACGAUGCCGUGGGAAAAUGCUUUGUCUUGCCCCCUGUCAGACCAGGCUGUGGAGAAAACAAACCUGCCCAGUCCAGGCGUUGAUUUGAUGGGUGGGGCUGAGAUUCUCCCAGGUGGCAAAACGACCCCCGACACAACUGUCAUCAUGGUUGUGGCUGCCAACAUGGAGAACAACAGCGACGUCAUGAGGGACUCGUACCGUCACAGCCCCGUCAUGCCAGACAUCAAGAUGACACACCCGGAUUUGUUGAAAAAUGGAAGGAUACACAACAUGUCAGCAGAAAUGGAAACUGCUUAGGUGAAUUUAUCAAUUCUAAAACACGUAACCCACUAGAAAGUUGAAUGUCAUGAUUUAGCCAACUUGACAUAGUUUAAGACAAUUAAUAAACAAAUUUAUU